AUGCAGUAUCAAGAGUUCCGAAGGCAAGAGAGAGAACACGCAAAGGAGAGACAAAAGAAUAAGAAAGAAUAUGACGCAUGUAAUGUCGAGUCGACAUCCAUUUGCGUUCCAAAGCUGAAAUCAAAGACGGAUGCCGUGGUGAGGGAUAUGCAAAAGCAAAACAAGGACCUUCGUGAUGAAGCAAAACGUCUCAAGGGAUCCCUUCAACAGGUGGAGCAGCAGUUGUCCUCUGCAAAAGACGACUUGCAAAAGCGCAUGGAAAGGGACAAGAAACGAGACAAACGAUAUUCGGACAUGCCGGACAUCGUCAUCAAGGUUGUGUGUCGGUAUCGAGCAGAGCUCUUUUUCAAGAUAUCACGCAAGACAAAGCUAGCUAGACUGUUUAGUGCCUGGACAGAGAGAAUGGACGCUCGUUCAUAUGUUCCGUCCUUACCCGAUGCCAACAAGAAGACAGGGGAUAUGCUACCCAUGAUUGAAAGGCCAGCACCACCCCCUAUGCAGUUCCUAUUCACGCACAUGGGGCGAGGACUCGAACCAGACCAGACUCCUGAAGACGCGAAUAUGGAGGAUGGAGACGAAAUUUUAGCAGUCGAGAUGAUGGACUUGACAAGUCCAGAAGUCGAAGAGAUUCCAAAGCCAGAGAAGCUGCGACUGCAAAAGAACUGGUCGCUAGACCCGAUCGAGACCCGAAACUCGAUCGAGGCAAUCUUCGACGGCGUUGUGCGCGAAAGACUGAAAUACCUCUUGCGGCAGUAUGAAAUUCGAGAGGCACACUUUGAAUCCGUCUUAAGAACGAAAGAGCUAGAGGCUAUGAUCUCCAAGGCGAAGAUUCAGGAAGCACGCGUAGAGUUGGAGCGAGAGACAGAGGCUCUUACUGCUGCGCAACAAGAGGCAUAUCAGCGCUUUGGACUAUCAUUGACAAUGCACUUGGAAGAGUGUCAAGACGAAAUGUUCACGUUACCGAAGGACGUUGAUGCUCGAAUGCGUGCUAUGCAGCUAUUCGACCAGUUCCAGCAUGAGAUCACGCAGCGCUUCGAACUAAUACCAAAUUAUGAGGAGAAUGAAUCUGACCAAGAGGCGUCCGACUCUGCACUAGAUGGAUGA